AUGACUAUAUUUGGUGUCAGCGCGCUCGGUGAGGGCUCAGCCGAGGGCGGCGAGGGCUCAGCCGAGAGCGGCGAGGGAUCAGUCGAGAGCGGCGAGGGCUCAGCCGAAGGCGGCGAGGGCUCAGCCGAGAGCGGCGAGGGCUCAGCCGAGAGCGGCGAGGGCUCAGCCGAGGGCGGCGAGGGCUCAGUCGAGAGCGGCGAGGGGUCAGCCGAGAGCGGCGAGGGCUCAGCCGAGAGCGGCGAGGGCUCAGCCGAGGGCGGCGAGGGCUCAGCCGAGGGCAGCGAGGGCUCAGUCGAGAGCGGCGAGGGCUCAGCCGAGAGCGGCGAGGGCUCAGCCGAGAGCGGCGAGGGCUCAGCCGAGAGCGGCGAGGGCUCAGCCGAGGGCGGCGAGGGCUCAGCCGAGGGCGGCGAGGGCUCAGUCGAGAGCGGCGAGGGCUCAGCCGAGAGCGGCGAGGGCUCAGCCGAGAGCGGCGAGGGCUCAGCCGAGAGCGGCGAGGGCUCAGCCGAGAGCGGCGAGGGCUCAGCCGAGAGCGGCGAGGGCUCAGCCGAGAGCGGCGAGGGAUCAGUCGAGAGCGGCGAGGGCUCAGCCGAAGGCGGCGAGGGCUCAGCCGAGAGCGGCGAGGGCUCAGUCGAGAGCGGCGAGGGCUCAGCCGAAGGCGGCGAGGGCUCAGCCGAGAGCGGCGAGGGCUCAGCCGAGGGCGGCGAGGGCUCAGUCGAGAGCGGCGAGGGGUCAGCCGAGAGCGGCGAGGGCUCAGCCGAGAGCGGCGAGGGCUCAGCCGAGGGCGGCGAGGGCUCAGCCGAGGGCAGCGAGGGCUCAGUCGAGAGCGGCGAGGGCUCAGCCGAGAGCGGCGAGGGCUCAGCCGAGAGCGGCGAGGGCUCAGCCGAGAGCGGCGAGGGCUCAGCCGAGAGCGGCGAGGGCUCAGCCGAGAGCGGCGAGGGCUCAGCCGAGAGCGGCGAGGGAUCAGUCGAGAGCGGCGAGGGCUCAGCCGCAGUUAAAAAACUAUCUAUAAGCGACUCUGUCAAUUCUCGGUUAUGUUUGCUUAGCAAAGUAAGUUCUAACGUAGCAGUGGAGAGCUCCUGUAUCUCUUUGUUAGCAGAGCUUAAUUUUGAACUUAGAGUUUCGAGCUCAGCUCUCUGAUUUAAUAGUUUAUCAGUCAUCUUCAAAGACUCUUUCUUUGAUCUGAUAUAUUUUCUACAAAUCCUCAUACAGUGCUUAAUUUGAGAUCUUUGCUUAAUUUUGUUUGUUGUCUUCGAAUGUCUCUUCACUAGUUUUUUAAUAUCGUAGUGGAAACUAUUACAAGAGUCGGAAGAGGAUGACAAUGAUGACAGUUCCUCGGACAGUGUGUAUAUUAGAUCAUCUUGCCCUUUGUCUUGUUUUAAAAUAUGAAUUUCAUCUUGGGCUUCUCCAAGCUGUAUCUGCAGGCAAGAGAUUUUUUCGAGAGCAGUCUCGUGCACUGAUUGACAUUUUCGAAAGCCGUCUACCAAGACCUGCAGAGAAUUUCUUUGUUCUUCAGUCUCCGCUAGUUGAUUAGACAGCUCGUUUAGUUGGCGCUUUAAUAGCGAGUUACGUGACACAAUGGUCUUAAUUUCGGCCUCAUUUUCCUCUCGCUCUUCUAGUAGUCUAUCACAUAAAGCUUGUUGACUUUUGAGCUCAUCUUGGGUCUUAGAUAGACUCUCUUGUAGAUACUGCCUUCUAGUGGUCAUUUUUAUUAAUUUGAACAACAAAAGUAAUUACAAAAAACUGAUCUAAAAAAAAUAAUAAUGUGUGAUGAUUUGGAACACUGCCUUUGUUGAGGACGGUGUGAAGUCGUUCGUCGCCCUUUUAAUGUCUUAUUGUUUCUGAACGUACCUCGUUCAUGUGACACUUCAACGUCAGUUUGUAGCUGUCAGUGUCAGUCGUCAAAAGCCGUCAAACUCAGCCGGUAAAUACCGCAGUUUUUACUUGAUAUUUUAACUAACUAAUCCUUUUAUUUUAUGUUUGAAUGUGUGAGUGUUAUUUUUGGAAGUACCGUUAUAAUUUUAGGCUUUGUUUUGAUCUAAAUACACAAUUAGAGCUCACCAUAACGCCUAAAACUUCAUCACCAUGACGCUUGUAUCUUCUCGUAAGUUUUAUACACUAAUUAGAGUUAUUUUAACGGGUUUAAACAUUAUUUCGUAAUUAA